AUGAAGUGGUUUUUGUUGAUUACCCACCUGUCCGUGGCCUUGGCUGGAGCUGGCCGGAGGAAGCACCUAGUUGACCCGGAUGAAUUCCCUUCUGAUAUUCGACUGAAAGACCUCCUGAAGGGGGCUCAACAUCUUGAGGAUCUCGCUUAUGCGCAUCCCGAGGGCAAUCGUGUCUUUGGCAGUGCAGCACACAACGCCACUGUGGACUACCUCUAUCGCGAGUUGAAGAAGACUGGCUACUAUAAUGUGUACAAGCAGCGACAGGUGCACACUUGGACUACUGCGAAGACCUCGCUGACAGUUGACGGCGAGGCUAUCGAAGCGACUGCCAUGACGUACAGUCCCAGCGCUGAUGUUACUGCGGAGCUAGCAGUGGUCGCCAACCUUGGAUGUGCUGCAGAGGACUACCCGGCUGAUGUUUCUGGUAAAAUCGCCCUGGUGCAACGCGGAGAAUGUACCUUCGCAGAAAAGUCGGUGAUGGGUGCUGCAGCCAAGGCAGCUGCAGUGCUUAUCUACAACAACGAAGCAGGCCCUGUUAGCGGAACUCUGGGUGGAGUAACCAGUGACCUUGGCCCUUAUGCCGCCAUUGCAGGAAUCUCUGAUGUCGACGGCAAGACCCUGAUCGAUGCGGCAGCGAAGGGCCCCGUGACUGUGGAUUAUAAGCUCGACAGCAAAGCUGAGAAUCGCACCACAUUCAACGUGAUUGCAGAGACAAAGGGCGGUGAUCACAACAACGUCGUCUCAUUGGGAGGUCACACCGACUCAGUCGAUGCCGGCCCAGGUAUCAACGAUGAUGGCUCUGGAAUCAUCAGCAACCUCGUCGUCGCAAAAGCGUUGACGCGCUACUCUGUCAAGAAUGCCGUGAGAUUCUGCUUCUGGACAGGAGAGGAGUUUGGCCUGUUGGGUAGCGAGUACUACACCUCACACCUUUCCGAUGAAGAACUCCUAAAGAUCAGACUUUACCUCAACUUCGAUAUGAUUGCCUCGCCCAACUACGCCCUCAUGGUCUAUGAUGGUGAUGGAAGCUCCUUCAACGAGACCGGACCUUCAGGUUCUGCCGAGAUCGAGCACAUGUUUGAGGACUAUUUCAAAUCCAAGAAGCUACCGACUAUUGCCACUGAGUUCGAUGGCCGAUCCGACUACGACGGUUUCAUUUCUCGUGGAAUUCCUGCCGGUGGGCUUUUCACUGGUGCUGAAGGCAUCAUGACCGAAGAAGAAGCAAAGCUGUUCGGAGGCCAAGCAGGUGUAGCCUACGAUGUGAAUUACCAUGCCGCUGGUGAUAACAUGACGAACCUCAACGAGGAGGCAUUCCUGAUUAAUGCGAAGGCUACGGCUUUCUCUGUCGCUAAAUACGCCAACAGCCUUCGUGGGUUCCCCAAGCGUGUAGCAUCUACCGAGGUCAAGAAAAGAGCACCCCGGGCGCAUGCUCACUCCAAGAAGGCCGGAUGUUUCCACUCUCAGGUUGAGAUCUAA